AUGUCAGGACUUUUUACACAUCAUAUUAAGACGAAGCAUGCUGAGGAGAGGAAGGCGUUUGAAGCCGGUGAGGCUACCCAGACAGAAGCUGUUAAUCCUCCAGAGCCAACCCCAGGUCCGCCUGUGGUCAAACCUGAGUCAGAGUCUGCACAAGAGAAGCAGGAGAGUGCCGCACAGGGAGAAGCACCCACAGAAACGUCCACAGACGCCAAGACGGAAACGCCUUCUGCUGACGAGAAAGAUGCCCCGCCCGCCGAUGGCGGGAAAGAAGCUUCAGACGGCCAAACGACAGCUGAAAGUCAAGAAAAGGAGUCGGGAGAAAGCAAAGACGCAGAAAAAGAAAGCGAGAAGAAGGACGUCCCCGGCUCGUCGACUGAAGGUGUGGAGGAUAAAGAAAAUAAGGAUGAUAAUGCUACAAAAGAGCAGAGCAAACCUCCUGAAGAAAAGGCUGAAGAGAAACAGGAAGCAGUGGUAGACGCUGCAAAAAGCGAGCAAACAGCUCCAAAUGAAAAGGCUUCCGAUGACAAACCUUCCGAGGAGCCACAGAGUAAAGAAAAGACUGAGGAGCUACAGGAAGGCGCCUCGGAGCCAGGGGACACGUCUAAGACAGAAGAACCUGCAAAAACAGAAGAGAAAGAGCCUGCGAAAGAAGACGGCGCUGCUAAAACAGAAGAGACAGCACAGGCAAAGGAUGAGCCUUCUACAACAAACGAGGAAGCCGCUAAGACAGAAGAGCCUGCAAAAGUUGAAGAAGCAGCCAAGACGGAAGAAAAACGGAAGAACCGGCUAAAACGGAAGAACCGGCAAAAACGGAAGAACCAGCGAAAACGGAAGAACCUGCAAAAACAGAAGAACCUGCAAAAACGGAAGAACCAGCGAAAACGGAAGAACCAGCGAAAACGGAAGAACCUGAAAAAACGGAAGAACCAGUCAAAACUGAAGAACCGGCCAAAACGGAAGAACCGGCCAAAACGGAAGAACCGGCCAAAACGGAAGAACCGGCCAAAACGGAAGAACCAGCAAAAACGGAAGAACCGGCCAAAACGGAAGAACCGGCAAAAACGGAAGAUGCUGCUAAGCCUGAUGGUCCCGCAGAACAGGGAGACGCUUCAGGUGAACCCGCUAAGACGGAGGACGCUGCUGCCACAGAGGAACCCGCCAAAACGCAGGACGGUUCCAACACAGAAGAACCUGCAAAAUCAGAGGACGCUGCUAACAAAGAAGAACCUACAAAAACUGAAGAUGCUGUCGCUAAAGAAGAACCCGAAAAAGCAGAGGAUACUGCGAAGACAGAAGAACCAGUUAAAUCUGAGGAUGGUACCAAGGCGGAGGAACCAGCACCAGCGGAGGCCGAUGCCAAAACUGAAGAGCCUGCACAAUCUACAGAUGAUGCGAAAACAGAAGAACCUGCGAAAGCCGAAGAUGCUGCUAAAGUAGACGAAGCAGGUAAAUCAGAGGAAAACUCAGAAGCCAAAACCGAAGAUCCGGCAAAGGUAGAAGAGAGCACGGAGGCUGACAAGCCCAAAGAGCAGGAUUCUGAGAAGA